AUGUUUGGAUUAUUAGGUAGUAGUAGUAGUAGCAGUAUAUCAAACAAAAGAUAUUUCCUCAACACAUUUGUAGAUCGUUUUUAUUUUAUUAGAUGUUAUAAUAAUCAACCAACAUCAUCUACAACAGCAUCAACAUCAUCAGUAUCUACAUCUACACCGACAUCGACAUCGACAUCUAAAUCUAGAUAUAGACCUCCUAAAAAUGGUCAAUAUAAGUUAAAGUCAAAUAGAAGAGAUAUUUUAAAUUCAAAAUCUACAAAUAACAAUAGCAAUAAUAAUAACAAUGCAAAGGAAGAUAUACAAAAACAACUUCAACAUAUACAAUUCAUUCAGCAACUACAACUUGGACAAACAAAUAAUAGUCAGAGUCAAGAUAAAAAGAAUGAUCCAAUCGUACAAUUGGCAGAAGAUACAAUAACAACGAGAUUGUAUCAAGAGGAUACACUCAAGUUGAUAUCAAACUAUUCAUUGACACAUUCACCACUGUUAGAUUUCUUUGUAUCACAAUUGAAACUACAAUAUCAAGAUGAUCUGAAUGAGAUAAAGAAACAACAACAACCAUCACAGCAACAACAAUCAGAACAACAAACAGAACAGCAACAGCAACAACAACAACAACAACCAAUUACAUUAACUUUUUCAAAUAGAAGAGAGAAUCUUUAUAAAAUUCUAGAGAUAAUAAUGACACAGUUGAAACCGGCGGCAAAGAAAGAGUUACUGCUUCGUCUACCGAAUAACUAUAGAUUGGAACUGUUGUCUCGUUGGAUUCUCUCGAUUCCUCGUGAGAAUAGAACGACUUCUCUCUCGAAUUUGAUACUUCUACAGCUAUUUCACGACGCUCGAGAUGGCACCAAACAAAUCGACGUUGAUCGCAUUCAACCUCUACCACCAGAAUCACCAUGUCAACUCGGCUGCCGACAGCCACUGGCGUUCGCUCCACCAGCUGAGCGCCAUCGACGACAUCACCCAAAUCCAAGCGACUCGCGACUACUCCAAGCAGGCACAGCACAUCGCAUCACUCCAGCCAUUCCUAAACAACGGCGAUCAACUCUACAGCGAAACCCGGGCACACUUUAA